AUGCAAACGACGUCACGUAAUAAUUGCGUCAAACAUUCCGUGUCAUGUGAUAUCAUGACAAGUAGCAAUGCCUUAGCCCCGUCUCCUAAACCUAGCCUCAAUGGAACACCAACGAACGCAUUCAGCCCUAUGAGUGUUACUGGAUCAUCACAUUCUCCUCACCAGUUACCACUACCUUCAAUUCCAAUACUCGAUGGUCAUGGACCGAAUUUCACUCUCCUUGACAUGGAGCUACUCCACCAUUACACUACAUCCACAUGUAUGACUGUGGUCUCGAAUCCUGCUCUUGCAACGCUAUGGCGAAUCAAUAUCCCACAGCUUGCUUACUCUCAUGAAAUUGUGAUGCGGGGCCUUUUGUCGCUUGCGGCUCUUCACAUUGCCCACUAUAAGCCCGAAAAAAGAGACUUUUAUAUCUCGGUGGCUUUAUCUCAUCAUCAAAAUGCAUUAGCUAGUGCAAUCACCAUGAUGACUGAUGUUAAUGAUGACAAUUGUACUGCACUACAUAUAUUUACCUCUAUCACGUUAUUGUACUCGCUAGCAAGUCCUCGGAAAUCUUUGGAUUUGAUUAUUGUUGGCGAGAACGACGUAUCGGAUUGGCUAUCACUGCUGAAGGGAGUGAGAGCGAUAGCAGAUCACGCACACGAACAAAUUUAUCAAGGAAGUCUAAGGCCAAUGUUCAGUGCUGGAGCAAGACGUGAUAAAUUGAGAAACGAUCCGAGUCCAUAUCCCCCAAAUCAAUACCUCAUCGAGGUGUCCGACUUCUUGACGGCAUCUGUAUCCGAUCAACAUGAUUUGGAAAUAUACAUGCAAAGUAUAAAUGAGCUUCAAAAGUCCUACGCGGUUCUCUUGAAAGUGGGUCGUGAUAAUUUUGAAUCGGCUGAUUUGUUUAUUUGGCCAUAUCGAGUAUCUGGUCAUUAUACGUCACUUCUUCGACAGCGAACUGCCCCUGCGCUCGUUAUCUAUGCAUAUUUUGCAGUGUUAAUGAAAUUUCUGGAUGCACAUUGGUGGAUGAAAGGUUGGUCUGAAUAUCUGAUUGCUCAGAUUUAUGGAUUAUUAGACGGCGAACACCGCAUAUGGAUUAGGGGGGCUAUUGAAGAAAUUGGAUGGGUCCCUUGA